GACGAUGACGCUGUCUUCAAGCUGCUAUCCACCAAAAGAACAAAACAUUUUAUCCUGUCACUACGGGAAGACGACGGCGUUAUUGGAUAGAAUUAGGAGGAAACUGAGAGGUCGGCCUUCCGACCGGCCCGCGAGGUGGCUGAAUUCCCGUCGGACUGCAGAAUUCGUAGAUUCGCAUCGCGCCCAAAACACCAGUUACACCACGGCUGCAGUGGGGCCGAGUCCAUCUCUCUGGUUCCGCGACUUGCAUCCAUGAACACUGAAGGCCGGCAAUAGCAGAAUCUCCGCUGAAGAACGUGAACAUUCGCUGGUCACCCACAGUGGUCCUGUGGUAGACCGCCAAAAUGGAGUUCAACAUUGAUGAUUUGCCCGUCCUCUUUCCGUACCCCCGCAUCUACCCAGAACAAUAUGCCUACAUGGUAGAUUUGAAGAGAACCCUCGAUGCCGGGGGGAACUGUGUGUUGGAGAUGCCUUCGGGCACAGGGAAGACAGUCACCUUGCUGUCCCUGAUUGUGGCCUAUCAACAGUAUUACCCGUCGCACCGCAAGCUCAUAUAUUGCUCCCGGACAAUGUCCGAGAUCGAGAAGGCGCUCGUCGAGCUGAAGGCUCUCAUGAAGUUCCGCGCAGAACGACUCGGCCACGAGGAGGAGUUCAGAGGGCUGGGUCUUACGAGCCGCAAAAAUCUUUGCCUGCACCCUUCUGUAAAGCGGGAGAAGAGCGGCAACGUGGUUGAUGCACGCUGCCGCAGUUUGACAGCGGGGUUCGUCAAGGAGAAGAAGGAAAAGGGGGAGGACGUGGAGGUCUGCGUAUACCACGACAACCUUGACCUCCUCGAAGCCUCCAACUUGAUCCCGAACGGCGUCUGGACGCUGGACGGCCUUCUGCGAUACGGCGAGCAGCACAAGCAGUGUCCUUACUUCACCGCCCGACGGAUGAUGCAAUAUUGCAACGUCAUCAUCUAUUCAUAUCACUACCUGCUGGAUCCCAAGAUUGCCGAGCGUGUCUCCAAGGAUCUCUCAAAGGACUGCAUUGUCGUCUUCGACGAAGCUCACAACAUCGACAACGUGUGCAUCGAGUCGCUCAGUACGGAUAUCACGGAGGACUCGUUGAGGAGAGCCACGAGGGGCGCCCAGAGCCUGGAAAACAGGAUCAGCGAGAUGAGAGAGUCGGACCAGCAGAAGCUGCAGGACGAGUAUGAGAAGCUGGUCGAAGGCCUCCGGGGCGCUGACGACGGCCGCCAGGAGGACUCCUUCAUGUCCAACCCCAUCCUCCCGGACGACCUGCUCAAGGAGGCCGUUCCCGGAAAUAUUCGCAGAGCGGAGCACUUUGUUGCCUUCCUCCGGAGAUUCAUUGAAUACCUCAAGACGAGGAUGAAAGUCCGGCAGGUGAUAUCCGAGACUCCGCCAUCCUUCCUCGCGCAUCUCAAGGAAUACACUUUUAUCGAAAAAAAGCCCCUGAGAUUCUGCGCUGAGCGGUUGACCUCGUUGGUCAGGACGCUCGAGCUCACCAACAUCGAGGAUUACCAGCCUCUCCAAGAGGUUGCCACUUUCGCGACUCUCGUGGCGACCUACGAGAAGGGCUUCCUUUUGAUCCUGGAGCCGUACGAGUCGGACACGGCCGAGGUACCAAACCCGGUGCUACACUUCACAUGCCUGGAUGCUGCCAUCGCCAUUAAGCCGGUCUUCGAGCGCUUCAGCUCCGUUAUCAUCACGUCGGGGACAAUAUCACCGCUGGAGAUGUACCCGAAAAUGCUCGACUUCCCAACCGUGGUCCAGGAAUCUUACAGCAUGACGCUGGCGCGAAGGUCCUUCCUGCCUAUGAUUGUGACGCGAGGGAGUGAUCAGGCGCCAAUAUCCACAAGCUUCCAGGUUCGCAACGAGCCCAGCGUGGUCAGAAACUACGGUAACCUCCUGACCGAAUUCGCCAAGAUCACGCCGGAUGGCAUGGUGGUCUUCUUCCCCUCGUACCUCUACAUGGAAUCCAUCAUCAGCAUGUGGCAGGGCAUGGGCAUUCUCGACGAGGUGUGGAAAUACAAGCUCAUCCUCGUCGAGACGCCCGACGCGCAGGAGACAUCCCUGGCGCUCGAGACGUACAGAACUGCAUGCUGCAACGGCCGCGGCGCUGUCCUCCUCUGCGUCGCCCGCGGCAAGGUGUCAGAAGGCAUCGACUUCGACCACCAGUACGGACGCACGGUGCUGUGCAUCGGCGUGCCCUUCCAGUACACGGAAUCGCGCAUCCUCAAAGCCCGGCUCGAGUUUCUCCGCGAGACGUACCGCAUCCGCGAGAACGACUUCCUCUCGUUCGACGCCAUGCGCCACGCAGCUCAGUGUCUGGGCCGCGUCCUUCGCGGCAAGGACGACUACGGCCUCAUGGUGCUCGCCGACCGGCGCUUCCAGAAGAAGCGCAACCAGCUGCCCAAAUGGAUCAACCAGGCCCUGCUGGACGCCGACACCAACUUGAGCACCGAUAUGGCGGUCAGCAGCGCCCGCCGGUUCCUCAAGACCAUGGCCCAGCCGUUCCGCGCCAAGGACCAGGAGGGCAUCAGCACGUGGAGCAUGGCCGACCUGAGGAAGCAUCAGGAGAAGAUGGACGAGGAGCGGAUCAAGGAGCUGCAAGCGCAGCGGGAAAGAGAGUUGAACCCGCCCGCGGCCGGCCAGGCGACAAGCCAUCUGGCGACUGGGCAGGAGGAGAGUGACUAUGAGAUGGACGACUUUGACGAGGCUGAGUUGAUGGCACUGGAUAAUAAUGCGUAGCUGAGGGACACAUAAAUGGCAUGUACUAUAUAUAGUAUUAUAUAUACAUGGAGCCUUUCUUGCGUUCACGGGUUGCAGAAGCGAACGGAUGCGCUUGGUCGUCUGGAUAGUGGCCGUGGUAGGUGCAUCGUAUCACCCGGGCGCAAUGAGGGGGGACCUACCCAGUAGGAUUGUCAACGCGACUUCUGUUUGCUGACCACAUACUGAUGGACUGCUCAUCUAUGGUAAUAUCCCUUCAAUGAAGAAGGUAUUGGUAUCUGUCCUGAGCAUGAACAGUCAUGCCUGUCUUACUACGAUGUCCGGACGCAAGAACUGCUUGAAGAAUUACUUGAACUCUCCACUCCGUCCUGCAUCUGAACAGACACCAAGCCAAUCCAUCUACACCCAGCCUCACCACUAAGGUACCUACCUACCUAUCUCAUUGCAACGCCACGCUAUGCUAAUAAUGCUGCACCCUGUCUCAAGCGAACACGGGGUGAAUCAUGAAGAAAGAAAUCCG